AUGCAUGUGUGCCAAACAACGUGUAACGACGGUGGGUGCGAGUUUACAGAAAGGGGAAAUGUGUCCAAGGGAUGCUUUUGUCCGAUUUCUGACAGUUCGCGAGCGUUAAAAAUUUGUGAAUCGUACCGUGACGCAUGCACAAAUGAAAUAGUAAGAUAUCCUCCUUGUAAAAACGACGGAAAAUGUGUAACGGCAUUAGGAUUUCCGUAUUGCGAUUGUCCAAUUAAUGAUUCCGAAAUCCAAUGUGAUGGUUUUGAUAAUAGUAAGUACAGUCUACCUAACCGAUAUGACAUACGCAUCAUAGACUCAUGAUUUCAUAAUAUUAUAAUCAAUUUAAGAUAGAAUAUACAUUUUAAGUGAAACGAUUGAUAAUAUGUAUUGGUGAAUACGUAACGUAUAUCGAAGCAAGUUGCAUAAAAAAAAAAUAUUUCUCUUCAAAAUAUUUUUAAUUAAUUAAUUAUUAAUUUUUAUAAUGUAUAGUAUGCAUUUAAUAGGGUGGUCUUUAGUUAUAGGAAAAGAAAAUAAGUAUUAGAAUAUUAAAUGAUCCAGGUACCCGCACAUUUGUAUAGUAUUAUAAGAAAACAAUUUAGUUAACAUUUUAUUAUCAUUAUUCACCUCGUUCACGUCCUUCAAGACAAUUGACAAAUGAAAAACGAGUGUAAUUUUAUGAUUUUUCGGAUUAGAGUAAAAAAAUAAAGAAUUAAUUUUAAACAUUUAAAGGAAAACUAAUUAUAUUAUUAUUAUACUUUAUUCAUUUACUUAAUUUUACUAUAGAAAUCAUAAUUUCCUAUUAAUAGCUUCACAAAUAUCUUCGAAAAUAAAUUAUUUUCUAGAAAAAAAAAAAAAUUCAAAAUUUUUGUAAACAAAAUAUUUAUUGCUAGCUAAAUAAUUUUGCUAUAUUGUUGAAAAUACAGUAAAAUGUCUUACAUAAGUUGAUAGCUAAAUUCAAAAAUGUCAUAAGUACAAAAUGUAUGAUUUUAUGUCAAAACAUAUUCAAUUUUUUUAAAUUUGUAUGUAUGACAGGAGAGAUUGUGAAAUAAUGAAUUUAAGUUAAAUUUUUUUGCAUUGUUUAUUGACCCUUCUACUAAAAUAUUAGGAAAAUUAACUAGUUUAAGACAUUUAAAAAUUAAAUUCUUGACAUUUUUAAGUUGAAAGUGCACUUAUCACCUUUACAAAUUGUAUAAAUGUAUUUAUCACAUUUUGGAACAAUAUUGUAAAUUGUUAAUAAUUAUAUGUAAAGAUCAAUUAAAAUGGUCAUGAAACAAAAAUGAAUUAAUACAAAAUAAAAUCAGAUUCUUAAAUCAAAGAAUAAAAAUUGUAAAACUCAAUAAAAUUAUUAUUCAGCUUUAAUCAAAACACUUUAGUUUGAAUAAUUAAAUACAAAUUAAAGAAUAAAAUCAUUUGACAACUUAUUAUUAGAUUUAUUAUUUACAAUCUGAAGAGUUGCCUUUUAGUCAACUUGUAGAUGAAAUAGACUUAAUUUAAUUUUUAUAAUCUGGUGGUAUUAUUCUUUUUCCAGUAGAAAAAGUAAAUCUUUCUUUUUUGCUUCACUUAUGGGAAUUUGUUUGCGAUGACCAAUUACAAUUCUUGUCGCAUUGAAUCUUUACACGUGAAAGUCAGAGUCCGUAACACUUGUUAUACUAUAUGGUCUUCACAGGAACAUUAAUAACGCAUGAGGCUAAAUACAUUUUUGUUUACUAUUUUAACCUAAACUCUUUUAUUCAAAACAGAUUUCCUGCGGAUAUCUUCUAGAAAAUUGUCAUUACAUUUGUACCUAAAACAAACCCAUAUUAGUAAGAAUAAUAUAAUAUAAAGAAAACAAAAUCUAUUAUAAAUAUUAUUUAUAUUUCUAACAUAAUAAUAUGAUAUUAUUUCCACAUGAACACCUAACUAUAUUAUAUUAUUUACAUCAUUAUAAAAAUAAUAUUUAACAUACCUGCAAUUAAUACAAGUUUUGGCUCUUCUUGGGGUAUAGGCUUCCCCAAACUGCUAAUAUAUUCUUCCCCACGAUGACGUUUAUAUCUUUUUUAUUCUUUUUUCUGUUUAUUUUUACUACUUCAUUCAUAAAGGUAUUUUAAAAGUAAAAUGUAUAAGAUUAAUAUUAAUCAAUUUAUAGUAUUCAACACAUAAUUAAUACAUUUAUACAUGAUAAAUAAUUAUUGAAUAUUAGUCAUGUAUGCAAAAUAAUAUAAAAAAAUAAAAUAACACAACUAUACCGAGUUGAUUAGAUGAUACAUUAACAGUUUCAUCAACCAUAUGGAAGUCGUCCUAAUCCAAAAGCAUAUUAAUAUUAUCAUCUACUAAAUUUGAGAAUGUUGAUGCCAAUAACAAUUGCUUUUUAUUAGCUAUCCAGUCUUUAUCGUUUUCAGUAUCAUCAUAUUCAGAGGCACUGCUACAAUUGACUAUUAAUGAAACAAAAUAACUCGGUUAAUUAUCAAAUUACAUUUUAAAGUAAAAAUAUAAAUCAUAUUUAAUAGGUUGUAUUCAAAUCUUUAAAUCAUUAUUACUUAACAAAUAAUUUGCAUUUUCUUCAUCUUGUUUUGAUAUCAUCAAUGAACAUGGUUUUAUAUUUUCUAUAUCAGAACAAUUAUUUUGUUUAAUAGUAUUCCCAAAUAAAUUUAAAAUACUAUUAUGCUCUAUUUGUAUAUAAAAAAAUGAUGUUUUACAGGAAAGUAAAAUAUUUAAAAACAUUGCAAUAUAAUAUAAUAUGUUAUAUUAACUAUAGAGUGAACUAAUAUUUUCAAAUUAGCAAUCGUUAAAAAUAAAUAAAUAAUAUUUAUAUAGAUAUUGUUCAAUAAUAUAUCAAGAAUAUUUAAAUAGCAAUAAACACAUUUUUUUAAACGUUAAAAAAUUUGUAUUUUUAUUUUUUUCUAAGAAAUAAUUUAUUUUCAAGAAUGUUUUUAAAGACCCUUUUUUUUAAAUUGAAAAUACUAUAAAAUACUAAUACUACCAUAAUAAAGGUCUUUUAAUGUUUUUUGCUAAAUGCUUUAUUUUUUCACUUAAAUCCGAAAAACCAUAAAAUUAAGGAUCACCCUAAUGUAUACAUAUUCACUUUAAAUGAAUAAAAUUACCAAUAAAAAUGCUUUAAUAAUGGAAAAACACUGAAGAUGCAAAAUACAAAUUUCACUUUUAGUGUAUUUGUUAGUUCAAUUGUUAGUUUACGUACUUGAAAAACAUUGAUAUUGAUACAAAAGGGACAUAUAUUAUUUUUAAUAAAAUUAUUAUUGCUUAUCUAAAAUCAUAUUUUAUAAGAUAUUUUAUAAUUUUAUAACAAGUAUUUUUUGUUCAACGAUAAGAAUUGGAUAGAACAUACCCGAAGAAGCCUAGUCUAUACUAUCGAACGAAAGUCAAACCUGGAGAAAGUCUCAUGGCCUUCUUGGUUAUCGAACCAGAUAGUAACUCAUAUUUAAUGCAGUUCGUCAACAAUGCCAAAGGUACACAUACCGAAUCAAUCGACAAAGUUUCAAUGACAAUCGAUGAAUUGUAUAGCGAGUGCAAACAAUUAGGAAGCGAAACAUUUCAAAUUAACGAAGAAAUGUGCAACUUCGCCAAAACCACUUACGGUAGUAAAUAUUAUUAUACAUGUAUAACAAUGUUAUGUUUCGGAAAAAUAAUCGGGAGAGAGACCUGAAAAUUUCACUAAAUUCCAACUCGUAUAAGCUAUUUUUUCGGUUAUUCGUUGGGGUGAAACCAAAAGUUGACCAAAGUAAAGCUAUAAAUCAUUCAGAUGGAGAAAUUAUUAUUUUGCCUUUGUACUAUUUGUACGUGAGUCUUAUAGGUAUACCGCAGGUAACUUAAGAAUGGUACGAGAAAAGUAACAUGUACGACUAUUUUUAUCUAUAUAUAUCUUAUUAUAAUUUAAAUCAUGGGAAAAAGUAUGGACUGUACAUAUUAUAAAUAGUUAAUAUCCAAUAUUUCAUAUCACAUAAUAUACAAUAUUUCAAACAUAUUUAUGACAUUUUUGUCGAUAAAAAAAUUACCACGCGUAUAUCUAAUUGUAUAUCUAUUUAUUUUAUCGCAAGUUUAUAGUUAUUGAAGAUAAACAAUAUUGUAGAUGGUUUAAUAAAUUUUAUAUUUGUAUAUUAUUCAUUAUUAUAAACAGUCCCGAUUAACCAUAGUUUUCAUUUAUCCGUGUCACCCCUACCCAUCAUUUCCCCGGAUAAUCGAGGUUCCACUAUACAAAAAAAAGCUGAUACUAGAAACAGGUGUGCUAUUGUUGUUAUUGAGAAGUUAGAAAGGUAGGAUAUAUAAAGUUAUUUGAUUUAUAUAUGUAAGCAAUACUAAACAACUAAACAAAUUGCAAACGAAUGAGAUUUGAAGAAAAGUUCGAUUAUAUAAUACGCUUUGAAAGGCCGUAAGAUUUACGAUUUUCGUCAAAAUUUGAUAUUAAAACUCUAUAAAAAAAAAGACAUUCUAGGAUAAUGGGGACGGGUGCAGCCUAUAUUAUAUGUAAUUUAGUUUAUACUUGUAAACAACAAUAAACCAUUGCUUACGAAACAAACUAUUCUGAGCGGAGUUCAGUUGAUGGUGAUGCUUUGUCAAUAAUAUAUUUGUUUAAUGUUGUACCCAUUUCCCCGGUUUUUCUCGAUGUUCCUAUGUUUUUUCCCAGUUUUUCACAUUUGCUGAGAAAACUCUGAAUAAAAUCGAAAAGUGACUUGUUUAAAGUACCCCCAGUGAAAUUGUCUUUCAGAAACAUUGCUAUCAUUAAGAGUUAAAGCUAAAAUGCUGGUAGAAAAGUUGUCCAAAUUUUUUUUAGCUAAUACCUACGUUUCUUACAUUUUCCCGUUUUUUCUGCUUUUCGCAUUUGAUGAGAAAACUCCGAGAAAAAUUACCUCUUUAAAGUACCUCCCGUUUUCCUUUCAGAAAAGUUGCUACAUGCAAAAAUCGAAGUAAGUCUUCUGAUAGAAAAGUUGACCACAAAAAAAGAAAUAAACAUCUUUGUAAAACUAUAAACUUCUUCGCUUCACUUAGAAUCUAAAAUAUAUGUCAUAACAGAACACUUUUAGCCCUACCAACUUUCCACCUAUUUGUUUUUAUUCAUUACUGACAUGGUCAAAACUAAAAAGGAAUAUGGGUAAAAAAAAUAAUAAAAAUUGACACAGGCAAGGCCGGCAGGACAGUUUAUAUAAUUUGUGUCACAAUCUACCUACAAUUUACUUCGUUUUAACUAUAGAGAAAACGCGUAAUCAAAAAUUUACAAGACAUUUGCCCAAUCAAUUUUAUUGUUAUAUUAUAAAAUAAGUAAAAAAAAAAAAGGAAGAUCUGGGAGGUGAUAUAUCACCUAAUCACCCCCCUGGUUACGUCACUGUACCCUAUUAUUAAUGUUUCAAUUACAAUAAUUUAAAUAUAUUAUACCCAUAUGUAUGAUACCAUCAUAUUAUGAUAUUGAUUAUUUUAUUUUGUAAUUUAAAUUUUAUGUUAUUUUUAGUUCAAAUAUUUAUGUAAAUGUUUAGACAAUGUAUGUCAUAUGUAAUUAAAAAUGAUUGUUGGGUAAAAUGAUGUAUUUUCGUUUAUUUAGGUAAAAUGGGUUGGUUUAUAAAUAAUAUUUUAUUUUGCGUUUAAUGUAUUCAAAAUGUACUUAAAGGUGAUCAUUCGAAAAUAGAAUCGUUUCCUGUAAUACCGUAUUUCAUGUCCAAGACGCGAUCUCAUAGGACCGACGUUCAUUUCAACGGAAAUAAAAGCGAACAUAGAAUAGGCGGAUUGUAUGCGAUUCAAUUGAAAGUUAUUGAUCAGAUAACGAAGAAAAUAUUUUUUAGUUUCGAAUUUUUUCACUUAGUCGUUGACGACGAGUCGUCAUAUUGUUUACCAUUUGUGGAUCCCGGACAAAAUUGGUUUGUAUACCUGGAGUGUUUAUUUUUUAAUACAGUAAAACUUCCGUUAACGGUUUCCUCUAUGUAACAAUUAUUUUUUUUUUGAUCUCGUCAAGUGUUAAGUCUUUAUAUAAUACCUCUAAAUAGUGAUCAUUAAUUCCGGUCCCUUCGGUGACCGUUGUAUGAAAGUUUUACAGUAAUAGCUUAUUCAUCAUGGUUAAAAUAAAUCAGGUUAUUGCACAUAACCGUUGGCGUUAUCAAUUCAAAAAAAAAAAUAGCAGCGUUAGGGUACGGAUGUGUUACUUGUUGUCAGAACUUGUACUAUUUGACAGUACUUGUAUCUUAAAUUAAAUAUUAUAUUUGAAAACUAAUAUAUUUAAAAAUCUUCUUUUAUAAAUUCAUAAAACUCUUUUUCAAUGUAUUUAUCAAAACCAGCAAUGAAUUACUUAUUAUUUUAUUAUUAAAUUUCUUUGUUUAGAGUGGUUUCAAUUUAAAAAAUAUACAAAAUAUUAAACAAAUUAAAUAGUUGUAAUAGUUUAACUUAUAAUAGUUUUAAAAUUAAUGGGAUUAAAUAAAAAUAAUGAUUAAACUUAAUAUAUUUUUUUUAUUUUAUUUUAUUUUAUUUUAUUUUAUUUUAUUUCCCAUUUUAUUAUAAGUUUCCAAUGAUACAAAUAAAUAUAUUUCCUUCUUGAUUAUUCGGCCCAAGUUAUUAGAUUAAGUUAACUAUUAAGUUGAUUUUUAACUGCGUUCGUCCUAAUAUUGCACUGAAAUAUAUGCAAUUAUCAAUGAAAUUAGAUUAAAAUUAAAACAAAACACGCUGCGUUCGGUUUUCACUAGUUUGUUGUAUUUCAUACUGUAUUUAUUUAUUUUAUAUUUUCAAUGUUAAUAAUGUAUUAUUUUGUAAACUAAAUUAUUAAUUUAUUAUAAACAAGUAAUUGCUAUUAAGUUACUAUUGUUUUUAAUCUCACUGUUUAGACGAGAGAAAAAGGUACCUAUGAAGUAAAUAUGAAACAAGGAUACUUUCCUAAAUAAUGUGAAACUUUAUAGCUAAUUCCAAGAAAGAAAACAUAUCACUUCUGAAAUUAUUUAUUUAUUUUACAUCCACUGGUGUAUUUUUUAUAGCAUUCCGUUCAUAGUCAUAUGUAGAUCAUGGAUAUUUAUUAUUUUUUAGAUAUUAGGUACCAACAGUUUAAGAUUGGUAAUUGGAUAGUAUUUCAUAAUUAUGGUAUACUUUUAAGAAUGUUAAAAAUCGUACUUCGUUGAAGUCGUUUAAUAUUUAUGUUAAAAAUACAAAAGUGCUACAAAAUAGAAAUUUGCAUCUAUUCAGUGAAAUAUUAGGACAAAUCGGGCGCUCCUACAGAUUACAGUUAAAUGUCCAUGGACACAUUCAACCAUCAUAUCAUAAUAUUUAAUAUACAACAAUUUAAAAGAACCAGAUUCUAAAAAAAAAUGAAUAUAUAUUUGUUUUUUUUUUAUGCAUAUUAAAACUAUUUUAGAAUCUGAUUCAUUUAAUUUUAGUAUCUUUUAUUUUUAUUUUAAAUAUCAGCAUUAUAUAAAUUAAUUUAAUUUAAAAUCGUUUGUUAAAAUAUAAAAUUGAAUAAUUUAGAAUUAUUUAAAUUUAAAUAAGUUUAAAAUUAAUAUAAUUUUGAAUUGAGGAAAUUAAAAAAUAGAAAAAUUAAAAUAUUUCCAAUGUAUUUGUUAACGUAAUUUUUAGAGUGACUUAUAGCUGAUUCAUGAAUUUCCCCGAUAUCCUGUUGAUAAGAGCCAUUUAUAAAAAAUAUUAUAUCAGCUAAUAACUAAAGCAUUAAUACUAGGGUAUGAUUAUAAUUUGUAUCUAUUUGAAAUUGUUCUACUUCAAUUUUAAACAAAAGAUAAGAUGUAAUACCUAAUCAAUAUAAUGUUGGCGUAUAAAAGCUAAAUUGAUAACUAAAUAUAGAUAUCAUAAAUAUUAUAAGUUCUUAUUUACUUCACCAUACGCUUGAUACUUAUAGCUGAUUUUCUAGUUGGUAGUUCAAGAUAGGGAUGCAGUUCAUCUAUUAACUUAAUAUUAAGUUAUAAAAAUAAAUGUAACACAAUGACCAUACACUUUUUUUUAAAUUUAAAAGCAUAUUCACAAUCUGUAUUUAUUACAAAAUAAGCAAAUGAGAUAAUUUAAAUAACAAUAGCUCAUUAUCUCAUCAGGAAGCAUAUCAAAUUAAUACUCUUCCCAAAUGUCUACCAGUAAUAAUAGCCUACCCGUGGUGUGACGUUUAUACUAUACUUAAUCGAAAAUCCUACUCGUUCGUUCAUUUCAAACCGAUGAUGGCUGACGGUUAGAUGUUCAAAAACAAUCAUAUACACUGUAUAACAUGAUAUACCUAGUUUUAAUAGUUGUAGGUACCUAUCUAUUUCAAUAUAAUUAACUUAACGGAAAAAAAAUUGUUGUUGUUACCGUAUCGUGCUGUUAUCAAUGAUAGAGCCUAAGAAUGAGAGAAUGACAGUGUAAAGGCGCUCACAAACCAGAGCGGCAGCGGCAGCGUAAGCGAAAUUUCUGCGGUAAUGGGGCGAAAUAAAAUAUCGCUGACCUAACCUAAGCGAAAUAUUACAGUGAAAUUGCGCGCUAGUAGGUCUUCUAUAUUUCAUUUUUAACUUUCGAUAACUAUUAUAUAUGUACACUAUGGAUCACGUUUAGUGUAUAUAUUUUCUAUCCCACACAUAUGAUUUGCCUGAUAAGUAUUUAUUUUACACUUGUGUCACCAUGGAUAAUCAUUAUAUUGAUGACGAUGAUAAUACUUAAAUACUUUAUACAAACAUAUAACGAACAAACUAAACAAAUAUUGAUAAUACAAUGUACUUAUAGUACUUUAUAGGCAUAAACCUAUAAUAAUUUUAGAACAUUUAUCAUUUAUCAUCGAGGUAUAUAUCAGACUAUACGUAUAGGUAUAGCUUAAAUAUAAAUAAAAAUUAGUUUACUGAUCUUACAAAAGGUAUACUACACAAUAUUCGGUCGUACAUAUUUACUGUGAUAAUAUGAUUCAAGCGAAUAUAAUGCAAUUCGAGUCGAGGAAAUAAUAUGAAAUUGUAUGAAAGAAAAAAAAACAAUUUAAGGUCUUCGUGAAAAAAAGUUAGCGUUUUAUUGCAAUUACAAGAUUAUUUAUUCAUAUUUCAUUCUUAACACACAUUUUUAAUUUUUCAUCUUGGUUUUUAAGUAUGUGUAUUAUUAAAAUAUUAUGAUUUUUUUUUAUGGACAACCGUUCUAUCAGAAAUGUUGCUCCGAUUUACAAUGAUAGCACUUUUUUUGAAAGGAAAUCUGAUUGGAGAGGUACUUUAAGGAGAUAAUUUUUCGAUUUUCUUAAGAGUUUUAUAGUAAAUGUGAAAAACUAGGAAAAACGGGAAAGUCUGAACAAUAUUAAACAAAUAUUAUUAAAGAAAAAAUAUAAUGUCUAUUUAAUUAUUUUACCAUAAUAUACAAGUUGGGUACAAAGGUUCUUCGCUUCUAUUCAAUUAACGUCAUAAAUGGCUAAACAAUUACGAAUGUGCAAGCAGAAAACCUUUAAGUGAGCUUUAGGGUGCGCUCCAGAAUUUCUGUAAGCCUAAACAGCCAAUUUUUAAUGGUCCAUCAACAGACUUAUUAUAAUAUAAUAAGUCUGUUAUAUAUAAGUUUAUUACUAUAUUAUAGUAAUAACAGUAAUACAGUAUGGUUGUGAACACGGGCGAUGGACAGAGGUUCAUACAUUGUAAAUAUUUUAUUGUUUAUAUUUUUAUAGAAAAAAUCUUAGAUAUCGGCUUUGAUAAUUGAUUUCCCAUUUAUUUGAAUUUAUUAUACCUAUCUAAAAUCUAGAAAAAACACAAGAAUGUAGAAUAUAUUUUCGAAAUAAGUUUCUUAAUUUCGUGUAAUUGGUAAUAAUUAUGUUUAGUAAAACCAGGAUGAAUUUACUUAAAGUAAAAAGAAACGAAGAUAUGCCGAUUUUAAAAAUGGUUAUCACACCGGACACUGAAAUGUGUGAAGAACCCCCGGAAUACAUUAUUGAAUGGAAAGUAUUAACCGCAGAAAUUUGGCAAAACUACGACAUUGGUAAUAUUUUACCAAUAUUUUUUUGAGAAUAUUAUCUACUUAUCUUUAUACAUACGUCCUUAUCUUUAGUCAUUUAUGAUAUAAAGAGUAAAGAUGUUUAUAGUCGUAUUUUUAUUUAUUUAAAUAAUUUCUGUUUUAAUCUUUAAACGAAUAAGUACCUAUAUUAAGUAAUAACGGCAUUAUCAGGAUUUAUUUUUGGGAGAGAAGGCGUUAUGAAUUUUAAACUAAUUUCCGGACUGGCUUUUGGGAAAAUAAAUUACUAAAUUGGUAAAGUGUAAGGCAACACGUACGUAUUUAAAAUGUAUUCACAAGAAAAUUUCUGAAAUUGCAAUGCAAUUUAUGCUUCUAUUUAUGUAUUACGAAGAAUUUGUAAUAAGUAUCACAAAUUUCGGGGAGUUAUAACCCCAUCCCCCUCAUGGGUAUGUCACUGAUCUAUACUUCUAGAAAUUACUUAAUAUUAAUAUAUUAUAUAAUGUAAUUUAAAAAAAAGUGAGCCAGUAAAUAUUAAAUCUAACUAUUGACUAUUACCAUAGUCUAUUAUUCAAUGAUAAGGCAAUGACUGCAAUGAAUUAAUAUGUUAUUGAUAUUUUUAUAUUGUUUUCAAUUUAUCUGAAACAAAAAAAUAUUGAAUUUCUUCUCCAAUGACAUCAAGUUUGUAUUUCCAUCUCUUUUACUCUAGGUUCUCCUCACAAUUUUCUUUCAACGUGUGGUUCAUUAGUCUAUGGUAUAAAGUCGAUCAAUAACAAAACCAAAACAUAAUCACACUUAAUAGUUUAUAAUAUUAUUCAAACAAUUAUUUUAAUAAAUGAUUCAUUUAUUAUUAUAACUUAGAUCCCGUGGACAAUUUGUCAAAAAAACAUGUUAAGCUAGACGAACAAUCAUCUAGCAAUCCAGAUUUGGUUAUUCCUAAAUAUAUACUGCCCGAAGGGGAAUGGAUUGUACAUUUUAAAAUUGCUAUAAAAAACCAGGAAAAACAGUACAGUUCUGUAGCAAACAGAUAUACGGUUGUUUAUAUUGCGAUUCGUUUUAAACCAAUACUUCAUAAUAUUAACAUAACUCUUUUUGUGAUUAUUAUUUUUACGGUUUUAGUGUUUUUUAGGAGUAAAUCUUGACGGGUUGCACGCUGAGAUCGUUGGUAGUCCGUUAAUGCAGGUUAUUGAUUCUGAAUUGGUAACUAUAGACGCAUCCUUGUCGUACAAUCCUAACGAACCAAAUUCUAAACAAAACUACGUGCUCUAUAUUUGGUACUGUGACGUAAAAACAGACGAAGAAAAUUGCCAAGAGUAUAUAACUACCGGUAAAUAA